AUGGGCAUUUUAAAGGGUCCCCUCCGUCGCCAUUCACUCGUAAUCGUCGCAUUAGCAUUAUGUAUCCUUAUCGUGUAUACAUGUCAAGUCUUACUGCCGUUAAAUGAUCGACCAUUUCCUCGGGUGCUGAAGGACGUUGGCACACGGUUGAAAUCAGAACUCGGGGCUGCAUCAGGUCCAUUCUCUCAUACACCAGUCCCAAACACGACCGAAACUGGUUCUUCUAUAAAACCAGGCCUACAGCCUCAACCUCCGAAGAACAAUGGAUUAAAGGAUGAUAAUACUGCACCAGAGAGCGUCCUUGGGCCUGAUCAUAAACCAACUUUCGAUACGGCUUCAUCAGUGACUGCAGCGACUGCCACUUCUAAUUCUCAAUGGGCCUUCGAUACCACACGAGACGCACGAGCGUACGGGCUCACCACAAAACAGUGCAAUGCCGGGUUUCCUGGACUUUUCUCGGAGAUUAAACGGGCUAUCGCAUACAGGAAAAAGAUUGGGAAAAUCACACUGAAGGAUACUGAUAUAUCCUGGCGAGAGGAUGGCGCCGUAAGAGCGAUGAUUUUUGAUCAACAGUCAUUCAUCUCACAACUCCACCCAGCUCUACAUUCUGAAUCCAAAUUCGGUGACAGCAUAUAUGGUAGCACCCGUGCUCUCGCCCUUCUUCACUCCAUCCAUCGCUCUAUCUUAACUUCGCCCACACCAAUCCCCAACAUCGAGUUCUCAUUCUCUCCCUCAGACCUCACCGAUCCCGAUGGAGUUGGCCAUAGCAUCUGGGCGCUUUCCCGCACAGCAGACCAAGAGGAAAAGUGGCUGAUGUCUGAUUUUGGAUACUGGAGUUGGCCAGUUGAUCUCGUGGGCGGGUAUGAGGAGAUUCGCCGCGAGAUGCAAGAUACUAAAAUUAAUUUCCAAGAUAAAAUUAAGAAGGUGAUAUGGAGGGGGUCUGUUAAGACAAAUGAGCAUAGGAGCCAGUUAUUAGAUGUAACAAAUGGCAAGGAGUGGGCUGAUGUGAAAGGUGUCGACUGGGCGAAUGAGACGAUGGUUAAGAAAGGAGAUGCUGGCAAUGCGCUGAGUAUAAGUGCGCAUUGUCAGUAUAUAUUUGUCGUUCAGACCGAAGGACACAGCUAUUCAGGCCGAGGAAAGUAUCUCCAAAACUGUGACUCCGUUGUUAUUAUACCCACACCACGUACCUGGCUGGAACCUCAUCACCCACUCCUUGUUCCAUCUGGCGAGAAUCAAAACUUCGUUGAAGUCAAACCCGACUUUUCCGACCUUGAGGAAAAGAUCCUACCCCUCCUUGCUGAUGUCGACAAAGCGAAACGCAUUGCGACAUCUGGGGUGCAGGUAUUUAGGGAUAGAUAUCUGACUGCAGCAGCGCAAACUUGUUAUUGGAGGCGCAUGUUUGAGGGGUGGGCGGAGGUGAGUUUUGAACCAGAAGGAUGGGAGGCAUUGAAUGAUGGAACAGACGGGAGAAGGGUUAGGGGAGUACCGUUUGAGACCUUUGCGUAA